CUCAGGAAGCUGGCCGGCCACUUCACCCAGGACAAGGCCCUGCGGCAGGAAGGACUCCAGGGAGCCCUGAGCUGGCCCCCGGGGGCAGCUGGAGCCGUAUCAAAACCUCUGGCAGUGGCCUCUGAAGAUGAGCUGGUUGGAGAGUUCCUGCAAGAGCAGAAUGCGCCUCUACUGUCCCGAGCACCGCAGACCUUUAAGAUGGAUGACCUGUUGGCUGAGAUGCAGGAGAUUGAACAGUCAAACUUCCGUCAAGCCCCUCAGCGAGCUCCAGGAGUGGCAGACUUGGCUCUGUCUGAAAACUGGACCCAGGAGUUUUUGGCUCAAGCAGAUAGCGCUGGUGAUGUUUCUUCAGACUAUAACGAAGCUGACUGGUCACAGGAGUUCAUUGCUGAAGUGACAGAUCCACUGUCCGUGUCUCCUGCCAAGUGGGCAGAAGAAUACCUAGAACAGUCAGAGGAGAAACUGUGGCUUGGGGAAUCAGAAGACCAGUCAUUGGCAGAUAAAUGGUAUCAAGAUUAUCAACCUGAGGAUGAUCUUAAGAAAACUGCUAGUGAUUUUCUUUCUAAAGUGGAUGAUCCCAAGCUCAACAACUCUGAGUUCCUAAAGUUUGUUCGCCAGAUCGGAGAUGGGAGGGUAUCGAUCGAAGCUAAUCAGGUGACCCUCAGAGACCAAGAUCAGGCAGAACAAUGGGCAACUGAGUUUAUGCAGCAGCAGGGGGCAUCCGAUGCCUGGGUGGAUCAGUUUGUGCAAUCUGGGAACAUGUCAACUCUUGAUACGGAAUUUGAGCAGGCAAAGACUGCUGUGGAGUCAGAUGUGGACUUCUGGGACAAACUCCAGGCAGAAUGGGAGGAGAUGGCCAAGAGAGAUGCAGAGGCUCACCCCUGGCUCUCUGAUUACGAAGACCUAAGCUCCUCUUCAUAUGACAAGGGUUACCAGUUUGAAGAAGAUAAUCCCAUGAGGGAUCAUCCUGAGGCAUUUGAAGAAGGACGGAAACGCUUGGAGGAAGGAGACCUCCCCAAUGCUGUCCUGCUGUUUGAGGCUGCAGUGCAGCAGAAACCAGAUCAUAUGGAGGCCUGGCAAUAUCUGGGAACCACCCAAGCAGAGAAUGAACAGGAGCUUUUGGCAAUCAGCGCCCUCAGGCAGUGCCUGGAACUGCAGCCUGGGAACCUCACGGCGCUCAUGGCGUUAGCGGUCAGCUUCACCAACGAAUCCCUGCAGAAGCAGGCGUGCGAGACCCUGCGAGACUGGCUGCGCAACAAACCAGCCUACGCUCACCUGCUGGAGAAGGAACCCGAGGGGAGUGUGUCAGGGACAAACCUUGGGCCUCCCAAGCGUGUGUUGAGCUCCCUGGUGUCCGACUCACUCUUUACAGAGGUGAAGGAGCUGUUCUUGGCAGCUGUGCGCAGCAACCCCUCAGCUGUGGAUCCUGAUGUUCAGUGUGGCCUGGGUGUCCUUUUCAACCUGAGUGGCGAGUAUGAGAAGGCUGUGGAUUGCUUCAGUGCUGCACUCAGCGUGCGCCCCAAUGACCAUCUUUUGUGGAACAAGCUUGGUGCCACCCUGGCCAAUGGGAAUAGGAGUGAGGAAGCUGUGGCUGCCUAUCGUCGAGCGCUGGAGCUCCAGCCUGGUUACAUCCGGUCUCGCUACAACUUGGGCAUCAGCUGCAUCAACUUGGGUGCCCAUCGCGAGGCUGUGGAGCACUUCUUAGAGGCUUUACAUAUGCAGCAGAAGAGCCGAGGCCCACGUGGGCAGCAAGGUGCCAUGUCUGACAACAUCUGGAGCACCCUGCGCAUGGCCCUCUCCAUGCUGGGGCAGAGUGAUCUGUAUGCAGCAGCCGAUGCCCAUGAUCUGCCCACACUGCUUCAGGCAUUUGGCCUUCAGCAGUGACUUUGGGAUGGGCUCCCCUGUGAGUGCAGGAGUGGCCUGGCCCAGCCCAGCCCAGCUGUGACCUUCCCUGGGGAGAAAAUAUCAGUAGGGUUCACACAUCUUCACUUUGGUAGGACAGAUCAUUGGCAACCAUUUUUUUUGAAGGACCUCCUGUUGAAGAGUGCAAUUUCCACUACACAUCUGUUGUGGCCUGAGGAUCUACAAGCUGUUCAUGUUCUCGCCUCUAUGGCUGACCACCCUCUGCUGAUUGGCAGAUGAUCAAAGUGAGGAAAGGACAACCUCCAUCUCUCUUGCCAGACUGUGU